CUCCGACUGCUGGGAAUUCCUUUAACACCUGCACCGCCUCUCCCGUAGGUUAUGCCUGCCGGAACAUCUCCAGCUCCGCUGCCCUGCAGGCCAGGACCCAUGUAAGCUGCGACAUCAAAGGGGACGUUGCUGUCGUGCGUUUCAACACGCCGAAUUCCAAGGUGAACACCCUGUCGCAGCAGCUGAGCGCCGAGUUCACCGAGGUCAUGAACGAGAUCUGGGCCAACGAGGCCGUCAGGAGCGCCGUCCUCAUCUCCUCCAAGCCGGGCUGCUUCAUCGCCGGCGCCGACCUCAACAUGCUGGAAGCCUGCAAGACUGCUCAGGAAGUGACUCAGCUCUCUCAGGAGGGACAGAAGAUGCUGGAGAAGAUCGAGCAUUCCCCAAAGCCCGUGGUUGCUGCCAUCAGUGGCAGCUGCCUGGGAGGAGGCCUGGAGGUCGCCAUCGCCUGUCACUACAGAGUGGCAACAAAGGACAAGAAAACCGUCCUGGCCACGCCUGAGGUGAUGCUGGGUCUGCUGCCCGGAGCAGGGGGCACUCAGAGGCUGCCAAAGAUGGUGGGACUCCCCGCGGCCUUCGACAUGAUGCUGACCGGGAGGAACAUCCGCGCCGACAGAGCCAAGAAGAUGGGGCUGGUUGACCAGCUGGUGGAACCCCUAGGGCCGGGUGUGAAGGCUCCCGAGGCGCGGACGAUCGAGUACCUGGAGGAGGUGGCCAUCGGCUUUGCCAGGGGCCUGGCCAACAAGACCAUGUCUGCCAAGAGGUCCAAGGGGCUGAUGCAGAAGCUCACAGACUAUGCCAUGGCUCUGCCCUUCGUGAGGCAGCAAGUUUACAAGACGGUGGAGAGCAAAGUUCAGAAGCAAACCAAAGGACUCUACCCCGCUCCCCUGAAGAUCAUCGAGGUUGUGAAGACGGGUCUGGAUCAGGGCCGUGACGCCGGAUACCUCAUGGAGUCCCAGGUAAGGAGAUGGGUCAUUGGGAUGCACUACUUCUCCCCGGUGGACAAGAUGCAGCUGCUGGAAAUCAUCACCACAGACAAAACCUCCCAGGACACGGCGGCCUCUGCUGUCGCCGUCGGCCUCAAACAGGGCAAAAUCGUCAUCGUGGUGAAGCCCAGGUGGGCAGAGCUGAGCGGGAGCACUGGUUCCUACAUCCCUGAGGCCGGAGUGCAGGACCCUGCCAGGGGGGGCACUGCUGACCCUCCCUCUGCACUUGAGUUGCCCAGCAGAUUCUUCUGGGAGCCAGAAUCCCUGCUAACCCGAGCUCUUGGUCCUGCCCAGGUCAUUGGGAUGCACUACUUCUCCCCGGUGGACAAGAUGCAGCUGCUGGAAAUCAUCACCACAGACAAAACCUCCCAGGACACGGCGGCCUCUGCUGUCGCCGUCGGCCUCAAACAGGGCAAAAUCGUCAUCGUGGUGAAGGACGGGCCCGGAUUCUACACCACCCGGUGCCUGGGGCCGAUGCUGUCAGAGGUGGUCCGAGUUCUGCAGGAGGGCAUCGACCCGAAGAAAGUGGACGCCAUCUCCACAGCCUUUGGGUUCCCGGUGGGAGCCGCCACGCUGAUCGACGAGGUGGGCGUGGACGUGGCCACGCACGUGGCCGAGGACCUGGGCAAGGCCUUCGGGGAGCGCUUCGGGGGAGGCAGCAUCGAACUCUUCAAGCUCAUGGUGCAGAAGGGCUUCUUGGGUCGCAAGGCAGGGAAAGGCUUUUAUGUUUACCAGGAGGGAGUGAAGAACAGGAGUGUGAAUUCCGGCAUGGAUGAGAUCCUGGCACGGUUCAAGGUGCCGGCGAAUCCUGACGUCUGCUCGGACGAGGACAUCCAGCUGCGCCUGGUGACGCGCUUCGUGAACGAGGCGGCGCUGUGCCUGCAGGAGGGGAUCCUCAGCACCCCCGUGGAGGGGGACAUCGGCGCCGUCUUCGGCCUGGGCUUCCCGCCCUGCCUGGGAGGUCCCUUCAGGUUCGCCGACUCCUAUGGAGCCCGGCAGCUGGUGGACAAGCUGCGCAAGUACGAGGCCGUCUACGGCAGCCAGUUCACGCCCUGCCAGCUGCUGCUGGACCACGCCAACAGCCCCAGCAAGAAGUUCCACCAGUGAGGGACCCGGUGACGCACCCACAGCUCCCCACUGUCCGUAGGUUAAUCUCCAAAGCACCUGGGGGAGGAGAAGGGAGGGGGGCACCGGGCUGCCUCGUGGCUUGCAAGUCAUUUCAAGUGCCUUAUCAGCCACUGUGUGUUGGGCACCUCCGUCCCAGGCCAGCCUCUCCGUGCUGGAGAGGGGAUUUCUGCUGCCUCUGCCUCCGUGCUGCGGCCUCCAGAGCUCCCAAUCUGGCCAGUAGCAUCCAGCACAUGGCUGGAGCCGAGGCCUUGCCUUUCCAUGAACAUCUACCAAAAUAAAGCCCCGUCUCCCGGGUUUGGACUCC